AUGGCCACUGCUAUACCAACACUACAACCUCUAGAGCUAGAGGAGACUGACCUAACACAAGCAUGGACUGACUGGAUAGAGCAUGCUGAAGAUGCCUUCAUUGCAUUCAACAUAACUGAAGAUGCCAAAAGACUAGCACUCAUCAGAUUCUAUGGAGGAAAGAAACUGAAGGAAAUCAUGAAGACAUUGCAUCCAGCGAUACCGACAGACAAAAAAGAACCAACGUACAAAACAAUGAGAAUAGCACUUGAUGAAUACUUCAGUGAGAAAACAAACAAAGUAUUUGAACGACACAAGUUCCGGAUGCUGGCGCAGGAGGUCGGGGAAAGUACACACAACUACGUAACCCGCCUACGUACACAAGGGGCCAAGUGCAACUUCGACAACUACAACCUUGACCAAGCCAUCAUCGACCAGUUGACGGAGAAAUGUACUUCACAUAAAAUGCGUCGUGCAUACCUGAAGGAGACAGACAUAACAGUACAGAAAGCUCUACAAAUCGCUUACACUUAUGAAUCAACUGAAGCCCAAGCUUGCCAGAUGGAACAAGGUGAAGAAGGCACCAAUGUGAACAAGGUAAACACAAGAUACAAACAACAACAGCAGCAGGACUGGGAAAGCACUCGAAGACAACAAAGUAAGGACAUGCCACGCAACCCAAAACUGAACUGUCUCGGGUGUAAUGGUACUGGCCAUCGACAUGGACAGAGACAGUGUCCUGCAUUUAGAAAAAAUUGCAACUACUGUGGAAUCGUCAACCACUUUGCCACCGCGUGCAGGAAAAAACAUAACCGACAAGAGAGGGUCAGACAACUGAUGGAGGACAGUUCGACGGGUAACAACGACAAUCAAGUACACCAGGUAUCGUCCAAGAGCACAAAAGAAUCUGACGAUGGCCAUACCUAUGUGUUCAGAGUGACAUCAGACGACACUGCAGAGGAAAAGGUGAUGAUAGAAGACGUACCGGUCAGGAUGUUGAUUGACUCGGGUAAACGUCAAUCUAAUUGA